ACAAUCUGCGCUUGUUAGUCCGAUUUAAAUAAUCAUCGUUGGUGCUGUCAAACUCAUUCUUACCUUAGAUCGCGAACGAAACACAAACAUUGAUAAACUGUCAAUAUUUUUGUCGUUUUUUUUCUAAAUUUCUGCACUGGAGCCUCCGAAAAAAUUUCUUAUUGUGUCAAAUUGGUUAGAUGUAAAUCGAAAUGAAUUUUUUAGUGAAAGUGAUGGACGGCAUAAUCUUGCAAAUUUUGUGGAUUGGUUAUGUCAUUUACAAGAGUUUGUGCCCAGAGAAAAAGAUUGAACGGUCUACGUGUCUACCGCAAGGUGAUGGCAAAGACAAACGACAUUUUAUCCAUCUUUAUACUACCACAUCCACGAAUGGAAAACCUGUGUGUUACAUGGAUGUCUAUAAGAUUUAUUCCGCAUCCGAAGAGGAACACCUGAGAAGCGUUUGUUCCAAAGGCGUCCCCAAUAAAACCUAUUUCAAGCACAAACAAAGACUGUUAGCUAACGAUAAAUCAUGUAUACCCGAAGAAUGGAAAGAUUAUUCCAUUAUGGCUAUUUGAACAAAACAAUAUGACACGGAACUUGUAUCUCUUCUUGAAUGAGUAGGUUGCAAUAAUAUGAAUACUGUAAUCGCAUAAGUUUAUGUACGGAAUGUUUAUCGUACAAAAAAUUGUAUUUUUGCGAAGUAUGCAAGCGUUAAAUAACGCCACAUUAAAAAAUAAAUAACAAAGUCAAUUGAAAAUGAAAGUAGAUAUUAAAUUGAAGUUGAAACUAACAAUUUGCUUGUAAACUUCUCAAAAAUUGUGCUAAGUAACCUCGAUUACACCAUUUUGACAAUGCUUAUCAAUCACGAGGAAACGGCGAAUAUGUAAAUAGUUUAUUAUUAAAACGUGACUGAUUAGUGAUAACCAUGACUCUGUUUUUAUAUAAAAUAUAUUUAUAAAAAAGAC